AUGAUUGGCGACCAUCUUGGGGACCUUGUUAUUGUCUCUCAGACGGUUCUGCACACAUUCCCAGCAUACGUAGCCGAGUUUAUUGGAACCUUCUUCUUGGUCUUCACUGUGGGGCUGAAUGUGAGCAUGCAGAACCCUAACGCCCCCCUGUCGAUUGGUUCGAUUCUGAUGGUUAUGAUAUUCUCCAUGGGAAGUGUGUCUGGUGCGCACUUCAAUCCAUCGGUAACCCUUGGUAUUGUCCUGGGCAAUCCUUGCAAGUUCACACUCACCGAUGCUCCUAUUUAUAUGAUCGUCCAGGUUCUUGGUGGCAUCGCCGGUGCGGGCAUCUCUUUCGCUUUGACUGGUGAUAAGAUAACGGUCAAACCAAGUGACCAGUUCUCGGUCUUCCUGGCCGCCUUGGCAGAAAUCAUAUUCACCAUGGCUCUCGCGUUCGUU